GGCAACCCCCAAGCAAACAGGACAAUGAAAGAUAUUCUACGUUGGACAUGACGUUUUUAAAAGAGAAAAAGGAUCGAAGGUACGUGUGGUAUUUUCCUGAAACACUUUGUAUAAUCUUUUCAUUAAUUUUCCACGAAAACGUUCAUCUCAGCAUUUGACGCCAACAAGACUGAUCAUUAUAUAUAUGUCGGCUGGGAAGGGGGGAGGGGAGCGGUGGAGGAUUUUUGUUAUGUCACAAUGAAAUUUACUUGAUCCCCUACAGCUCUGAAGAAUUCUAACAAUCCUCCCUCAUUGGCAUUCAAUUUUCCAUAGUAUCCCCUUCAUACUCUGUUAAAGAAGACUAAUCCCCCUUCGUCCCCCCUGAAAGGCAUGUGGGUAAAUAAUAAGUGGUCCCUAAGAAACUUCCUUUGCCCAUUUUCAACUCCAAGUGCGUCAUUAGCUUCACUUUUACAAAACAAGUCAAAAUAUAACAGAAUGUAGCCGCAUAUGGUAACCAAUUAAAUUUUACAACAUUGGUAUAUCUUUCGAUCAACAUGUACCUUGUCGCGCCUCGGGAAAAACUGAACGUUUUUCCGGUGUCUCUGGACCUUCCAGUGAUUAUUUCUCGAUACACAAAAUAUUCUAAAUACACCCACUCACGGCAUUUACGAUCACAAAAACACUUUAAAUUUUUACUCGUACCCUAAGGUCACUAAUUUCUGCUCAUCAUAUAUUCAGCAAAAUCAUUUAUCGACGCUACUUUUUAGGUACUCUUUUUACCUUACUCCGAAAAAGUUUCAAUGGUUGGGAACAUGCUCGUAUUUUCUUUUAAUUCGUCACUUACCACAAUCAUUUUGAUAGACAAACCUAGAGGGAUUAGUUUCCGAAAUACUUUUAAAUUUAACGUAUUUUUUUGUAUAAUUAAAAACCUUAAAUUCAAGAGAGUGAUUAAAGAAGAUCAUGCGAUGCACUUUAGAGCAUCUUUAUUCGUCACUGACCAAUAACAGAAUUUAUAUCACGAAGUAAUUAUUAUUUCUGACUCAUCAUCAAAAAUUGAAUGGGAAAGUCAUUAAGAAAAACGGCCCUAAAAAGAGUUUAAAAUAUGUGAAAUAACACGGAAGUCUCUCCCUAUCCUUUAAAUAUUUCAGGGAAACUCAGUUAGGUUUAAUUUUUGAGGAGAAUAGUCGAUAACUGUCUCAUCAUUGUCAAAAGGUAUGGAAGGGAAAUCGCCAUCUCUCUCACUGCAAAAGCACAACUGGAUUUUCAGGCAAAGCAUCAACAGGGAAUUUUUAAGAUCAUACUCAGGAAUUAUACAUAUAGCAGAAAUGGUACGUAUGAAAUUUUUUUCAGCGCAUUUACUAAGCGUAGCCUAACUCCAGUUUAAAUUUCAUUUCCUGUGGAAGAACCUACUGAUCAAUCCGGGUAAAAUUCAGAGCAUUGUCCCUAGUAUUUUCUUCUUGCUCAUAAAUAGCUGUUGGCCAUUUCUAUGUCUAAACUUUUACUUCCCAAAUUUGGAAAAUUUUGCACACGUUUUCACAACUGGGGGCCAUGUUGGAUUCAAAGGAUGACAUAACUUUGUCAUCCUCGUUCCCAGGGUUCUUCUCUUCUUCCCUCCAUAAGAAAGAGAAGAAGAGGAAAGGACCCCGGGGACGAGGUUGUAUCUUUGUUUAACGUCACCAGUGCGUCCUAAAUCUGAUAAAUCAUAGGCAAAAGCCCAUCACACAUUGCAUUCAACUUUGCUCUUUGCAAGAACAUUAUUGUUUUGAUUUAAAAAUUUCCUAUUCAUGUUUUGACUAUUCCUUUGACAGGUCGGCCUGGCAACUAGCUUUGGCGCAUUGCAGCAUUACGUCACGUUAGUUUCCAUGAAAACAGUUGCUGACACUUUGUUUUUCACGACUUCAGGAGUGGCGUAUUUUGUGACACUGAUCAUCUUCCUCGUAAAAGUCUUCGAUUUUCAGAAGAAAAAUUUGAAAUUCUGGAAUGCCUUUGUAAGUAGGGGUUUAUUGCCUCCAUGCUUUACAAACGUCACCAGAAACUGAUACUUCUCUUUUUCUCAUAUACACAGAUUGUCAUGUUUACAUCAGUAACCGCUGUCCUGUUGUUGGUGUUGUCUAGCUUUCUUGCAAACGAGGCUAUUAAAUUGGGCGACUCAUUUCAUGAAAAGCCACUCCAGCCAAAAUGUGUCACAUGCAGCAAGAUUAACAUCGCCUCGGUACGUUACAAUAUCGAGCUGUCUUUCUUUUAAUCAUAACAGCAAAUAUCUCGCACCAAAAAGCUCUCUUGUGGAACAAAUAUCAUUUUCUACCGCACCUAAAAGCCACAAAAUGCAAAUGAAAAUGAGCUCGAAAUUUCUAUCAGGUGUGAGCUGAUGGCCAUUUUCUCUUUUCAGAUGUUUGGAUUCAUAUCGUCGAUCCUGUUCAUUGUGGAUUUUUUUCUUUUCGUAAGGCAAUACGGUUUUCCUUGUUCGAAACGAAAAGGGCGCCAAGUGACUGUACAACAGGUACAGGUGACGCCGAUGACGGAAAAUGAAGAAGAGCGGACAAUUUGAUCGACGAGAACCGUAAGGGACUGGUAUGGAAAAAGUUGGCUUCAAACAUGUGAAACGUAUUGCCUUGGGAAAAGAGUUACUUGAUGCGAAGGAAGUCGAUGGGAAACACCGCUGGUCAUCAUUUUCCAAUGCCAAUGUAGACUAGACCAGCUAUAAAAGAUGUUUGUGUGAGAUGGACUGACAUCGACAAGCACUGAACAAAAAGUAUACUUCUGCAAAUUAAUUGAAAAAUAUUGUGGGGACAAGACACACGUCUACGCCUCCCAAAUUGCGCAAAAUGGUCUCUGAAAAAUGUACAGUGAAUCAAUUUCAAAGAACUAACAACUACACCUACAGUAUCAGUAAUGCUUGGGGGGUGAAUUUAAGUUGUUAUGUUUCGUAACAAUAUGCCGGGCUACGUUUAUCAACUUCUGCUUUAUAAUCGUGACCAACUGAAUGGAAACUAGAAACUGAUAGGAGCAGAAAUUUCUUCACCAAGUUUACUGAUCAUUCGAAAACGAAUCGAAGGGCAAACCCUUCAACCAUGUACAUACAAACUCGAAAAUAUAACGAGAUAGGACCAAGUAGUA